AUGCUCGCUGUCGUUGCAGUCUCUGGAGGCUGCGCCGCGGCUCCCGAGCGGCGCGUGACCCGUGCCAGUUUUGGUAAGGUUUUGCGCACCCUCUCAACUGACUCCCUGAGGCAGGGUGGCGCGGGUGCGGGGUGGCUCGGCAGCUCGGCGGGAGGCCUCCGACCCGGCUACCUUGUGCUGUUGAAGUUGCUGCAGGAGACGCCGAUGACGAUGGCGCUGUCCUCGCGGCUGACCAGCGUCCGGGCUCGCUGGCGCGCCGCCCGGGAUAGCACUGACAGUCUGCCGGCGCAGCGGGCGCAUUCGAAUGCGCCCGCCGCGCCGGCAGACUGUUGGACGGCCACAGUCGCGAAAUGCGGCCGGCGCCCUCCGCUGCUGCCGUCUGCGUUCGCGGCGGAGCUGGAGACGAAGAGCUUCACCAACGGCAAGGACGACAAGCCGCUGGAGCAGUUUGGCAAGGCGACCAGGCUGGACUACGUCCAGCUCGGCUGGGGCGACGCGGAGGCGGCGCAGCUGGCGGAGAUGCUUGGCGUGGACAACACGGAGCAGCCUGAGCUGGUGGCCGUGUGCGAGGAGCGCGGCAUCAAGCUCUGA